GGAAAAGACCGAGUCGGUCGCCAGGGCCGGCCCUCGGCCCGUCUCUGAUAGGGAGCGGCCCGGCUAUUUAAUGAGUGACAGCUCGACACCCCGCUCACACGGGAGCUCUCGGGGCGCCAGUUUGAGCCACUGCUCGCUGCCGCCGGCUGCGGGCGGGCGCUGCACGGGUCGUGCCGGGUGGCGGCUUAGCUCCUCCUGCUCUCGGCCAGAUAGCUUCAUAUUGAGGUCAUAAUGUUCUUCUGACGGCAGCUCCAAUCUCUGUGCCUGGGGGUUUGUGUAAGUGGAAUACAUUUGCAAUAGUUCAGAUGGAUCAUCAUUAAAUACUAGACUGUAAGCUGAGUGAAGCCAGAAUCAAAAUGACUAAGUACAAACUUGUUCUGUUAAGACACGGAGAAGGAGCCUGGAACAAAGAGAACCGCUUUUGCAGCUGGGUGGAUCAGAAGCUGAGCAGCAAUGGGAUAAAGGAAGCUCGGAACUGUGGGAAACACCUCAAAGCGCUAGGUUUUCAGUUUGACCAGGUGUUUACAUCCAUCCUAAGCCGUUCUAUUCAGACUGCUUGGCUGGUGUUAGAAGAGAUGGGGCAAGAAUGGGUUCCCACCCAAAGUUCGUGGCGUCUGAACGAACGCCACUACGGUGCACUGAUAGGUCUCAACAGAGCAGAAAUGGCUCUGAACCAUGGUGAAGAGCAAGUGAAAAUAUGGAGAAGAAGCUAUGAUGUUACUCCACCUCCCAUAACUGAAUCUCAUCCCUACUACAAAGAGAUCUAUGAUGAUCGCAGAUAUAAAUGCUGUGAUGUGUCGCAGGACAAACUCCCAAUGGCUGAAAGCUUAAAAGAAGUUCUGGAGAGACUCCUUCCUUAUUGGAAUGAAAAGAUAGCACCAGAACUGAAAAGCGGCAAAGUGAUCCUUAUAUCUGCUCAUGGAAACAGCACGAGGGCACUGCUCAAGCAUCUGGAAGGCAUCUCCGAUGAGGAUAUAGUUAAUGUUACCCUCCCCACUGGCAUACCUGUGCUCCUUGAACUCGAUGAGAAUCUGCGCCCUCUUGGCCGUCACCAGUUUCUAGGUGAUCAAGAGGCUAUCCAAGCUGCCAUCAGAAAAGUGGAAGAUCAAGGGAAAGUCCAACCUGUUGAGAAGAAAUAACGCUUCCAGAUGCUGCCCCCACUCCUGUGUGUGUUUGUAUGUGUGUGGUAAUAAGUAGUGCUUUGUGAGUGUUAAAUUGCACUUCGUGAGCUUGUUAAUUUUAAGUAUUAAUUAGGAGCGCUAGUUAUGCGUUCAGUUAGUAGAGCAGCCUUUCACCUUUGGUGACUAGAAUUCAAAUCCCAGUGUGGGUUACAGGUGAAGAGGAGGUGGCUGAUUUCAUCCUAAGCAGUAGUAAGGGCACCAUAAAAUUGCAACAGAGUCUGCCACAAAUCUUUGCUCAAGAAAGGCCCGAGCCAGCAAUAUGGUAGGGUAUAUUACAGGUCAGGAUUAAGAAGUAUUGGCAGAGCUCUGUGGGGAAAGCUUGCACUGCAGAACACCUGGCUCCCAGUAACAUUUGAAGUUGCUCACUUUCACAAGCACUAAAUACUUUUUGCAAACUGGGAGCAUUAGGUAGUAAAGUGCCAGUUAGAUUGUUCUUUACUGGGAGACCUGUUAAGAAGCCUGCCUGUGGCACUAGUGUAUACAUUACAGGCAGUUCUCUGUUCGUCUUAUUGCAGUGACGCUGCUGUGGUUGAGAGUGCACUUUUGCUAGCAGCUCAUUUUUGAAGUACAAAAAAGUAUCUUGUGGCUUGACUCUUCCAAGGCUAGUUCUUGUUCCCGAAGAAGCGCAAUCCUACUAAUCACACAAGGGAGUGGGGUGUGCUUGGAAGAAGUAGUCUCCCUACCGUUCCCCCUUCACCUUGCUUUCAAAACCAGUUUUUAGGGCUAAAUUCUGCUAGGUUGCACCAGUGAUAGGUGAAGGAUGGCCCAGUGGUUGGGGCACUGGCCCGGGAUGAGGGAAACCAGGUUCAACUCCCUACUCUGUCACAGACUUUGUGUGACCUUGGACAAGUCACUUAGCCUCUCUGGGUAUGUUGACACAGCCCACAGCAGCGAGCCUUCUGGGUCCCCAGACAAGGGCUCAUGCUAGUGCUCUAAAAAUAGCUCUGUAGACAGCCCUUGGAAGGGGUGGCUUGGGCUCUGAAGACUUGGGAGAAGGGUUAGCGUGCUAGUGUGAGCCCCCCUAGAUUGAGCCUGUCAGCCCAGGCUGGGAAGCUUUGUGUAAACGUACCCUUAGUGCCUCAGUUCCCAUCUGUGAAAUGGGGCUCCCAGAGGGGAGACGGGCACCCCUGUGAUAAAACCACCCAUUGAAAUGACACUCCUGCAACCAGGUUGUUCAUGGGAUAUGUACACAUGCAUGAACACCCAUGUAAACCUAGUGGGAUUUCACUGAUGUAACGCAGCAGACUUUAGCCCUCAAAACAGGGAGCACAAAGAGGUUAGUGCAUGAACAGGACUUCAGACUUGUCAUGGACUUAGCCCUUAAUUAGAACGAGUAACCCGGAUAGGUUUCAAGCACUUAACAGCAUCUACAGACUUGAUCCAACUCCCAUUAGUCACUGAUAACACUGACUUGACUUGAACAGGGCCUGAUCCAAACCUUUGAAAUUCCCCACUUCCACCACACUGUGGCACUCCAGAUAAGGGCUAGAGAGUGGUCUCCACUGAACUGUUUACAAACAUUUUUGCAAGUGAGAUUAUCACGGGGUUACCAAAAUUAACUCCUUGCAGGAGCCAAUACUGAAGAGAUUGUAAUGGUGAGAAGUGCGUGUAUGUGCAGUGCUACUCCAGGAAAUAAAUACAGCUGUUUCGUUGUGUGAUCCUGUAAACAGUAGAGAACAUUAAAAUUUACUUCCCAGUUCAUUCCGGUGAACCUCUUAUCACUAUUACCUACUGCAGCGUGUGGUGUCUUAAUUUCCUUUUUAAAAACCAAAAAACCCCAACUUUGUGCUUGGAGUUUUUUUUACAGGCACUCUUGUCAGGAAAUUCCAUGUUAUGAGCCUUACUCUAGUUUCUCUUGUGCUGAUGUAAAACCGUCGUAGCUUAAAUCUGAAUCCGUCCCAGUAACUGAACUCUUUCAGUGGUCCAAAUUCCGCCCUCUGUUGCACAUAGCCCCCACUGACUUCAUUGGAAAUUGCAUGUGCCUAUUUGAAGGCAGAAUUUUGCCCUUCGUUUUUCAGUGCAGCCAAGCUAUGACUGCUGAGGGAACAACUGUGAAUUCCCUGAGUGCAAUGCCUGUAAAAAUCUCACAUGGAGCUGUUUGAAGUGAGUGGCUUGUUUUAAUUGGAUUUUUAUAGGUUCAAGAAAAUGACUGCCUCCUGGCGAAUCGAGCAGCCUUGCACUUCUUUAGCACUCUGACUUUCAGAGCAUAAGAGUAGUUUGUGUCACUAAAGCAUGCUGAUUGUAACAGACCAUAUUGCUCGGUAUCUUUCCUUUACAUGAAUGGCAUUUGGACGCCUAGGUUUUUUUGUUUGUUUCUAUUACACUUGCAAAAGGUGGCUGGUUGCAGUCUCUUCUGUUUUUAAGAUCGUUUCUCUUUCUAAAAUAUGAAGUCACAGUUUACAAUAAUCCUCACAUGUAUUGUGCACUAGACGAGAACCUCUAUGCAAUCCCCUAGUCUUGUGACAUUGAUAAGCAACCUACAGCCUGAUGUAUCGUUUUUUUGUAUAUAUUAUCCAUCUGUAUAUGGUGUUUGAGUCAUAAAUGAUCUCCUCCUCCGCAGUAGCAUCAGGACGUUGGCUGCCGAUCAGUGAAUGUUCACUUUCCAGAGCCUUACUGAAGAGCCCCGUCACUAACAGGGCUUUCUCUUUGGUGUGACACCUGACACUAGCGCUGGUCAAGACAUUCAUGAAGCAGCACUACCACUGACUUCAGCAGGAGUGGAGUCCCUCAUCCAUGUGCUUUGAGAUGUACUUAGGGGUCUGAACAUGGUGUGGGGGAGUGAAAAGAAAUAUGAGUAGAGAAUAAUUAGUAUAGUUUUGCAACCAAGACUCUACCAGCAUGCUGCCCUCCGCUAUAUACACAGAACUCCCAUUGACGACCCUGGGAUUCAUGGACAUGGAGCUGAGGCCAGAGCAUGGCUCUUGGCUGUUUACCAUACUGCAAUGCCAAAGCAGUGCAACAUAGGAAUUUUUGAGAACUGGAGAUGCUGCAGCUACAGUGUAAUGCUCAGAAUGCUGAUAAAUAAGCCAGACUGCGCGGGUGUUUCACAUAACACAAGGGCAGGUCUAGAUAUCAGUGUCUCAUGCUCUCCCGCAGAAGGGAAAGGAGGACUGAUCUUAGGAACACCUGACCUUUAAAUAGAAGGGUUGGAGGGAAAGUGCUGAGUAAAUGUUCAGAAGCCUUAGGUUCAGCAGCCAGCCAAGCGGGGCAAAUCAAAAAUGGUUUCAAAUGGAACUGGUUUUUGUUUUUUUUGUUUUUUUUUUUUUUUGCAAUGCUCUUAACUCAAAAGGCAGUGGUGUAGUGCAGCAGGAAGUUGGACUGCAGUUGUUUGGGCUGAGACUCCAUUUGAUGACAAAGCAGCUCGCCAAGGUUCAGUACCCAUGCUCUUCAGCAUUGCCAGCGCAGGGAGCAACAGACCGAGACCUUGAUCUUCUCCUGGGGCAUAUAAAAUGCCCCUCAAUAGGGGGAAGAAUUGGAGGCGCAAGCCAGGCGUUUCUGAGCACUUACCAGCACUGGUCUCUUGGCAUCCUUUGUAACUAUAUCAUUGACGCACAAUGGGGGGUGGGGGGUGCAUACUUGAGGACAGAAGCCAGCAUUCAUGGGAAAGGGGGCCUGAUCUACAGGCUCUGUUAUCUUACAGCAAAGGGAUGGAUGAGAAGCAGCCUAGUGGCCCGUCCCAAUCCAUGAUUAGAAGAUGCAUUUUCCCUUGAUCGAGCUUCAGAGCUCUGGAAAUAAUACAGCAUUUCCACAGCUGACGACAUAGGCAUGGUUGGUUUGCUUAUGUGUUUGGAAUAUGUGGUCUGUUGUGUGAUCCUGUUGAGAACACUUGUAAAUAUUUACUUGUAGAGUUGGCAAAUUCUUUAAAAUUCAAUAAACCAUCUGAAAUACAACUUUAAAA